GAACCUCAACGAAGAAGAAGCUGAAGAAGACACCGCGGCGGUUCCGUAUUCGAGGCUGCUAAAGCCAAGCCGGUAAUAUUUUCUGUAGAGUUAAGUUAAAAGACAAAAGAAAAAUAAGUUUCUCCGCAUAAAGUCUAGGAUGACAGACAGGAAACCGUGUAGGGUGUGCAAUUUCACUCGACAGAAGUCCUAUGGGUUGGUAGUUCCCUCCUUAGAUGAGCUGAAGGUAAAAGGAUGUGAAUUUCUUGGGUUCAGCCCCAGUGACCCGGUCACAGUUGUCCUGGAGGACGAUGGGACGAUAGUAGAGGAUGAGGCCUACUUUUUGUGUUUACCCUUAAACACAAAGUUCAUGCUGCUGCAUGAAAAAGAGUCAUGGUCUCCAAUCCGCAGGAUGGAUGGUGGCACAGCAUGGAUGAUCAGAGAUUCUGUGGUGCUUGAGACUGAUACUGUGGACAGCUCCAUGGUUGAAGCACCCUGGUGGGACCUGGCUCAGCAGCUGAAGCUGGACCUGGCCAGCAUCAUCCUCAUGUCCGAGUCAGACUUACAGACCUUAGUGGAUGCCCCAUGCCCUGGGCUUGCCUCUGCUAUGGGACUCCAGGAGAAGAAGGCCGAGGACCUCCAGGAGACGCUUCAGAGGGUUUUGGACCGACGAGAGGAGGAGAGACAGUCCAAGGAGCUGCUCCAGCUCUACCUCAAAGCUGUGGAGAAAGAGGACAAACAGCAGGAAGAGCAAAGCCAACCCGGCCAGGGAGGGACCGGAAACAUGGAUGAGCCCGAUGGAAUGGAGGUGGACUCUGCAUCUGGGUUUAUGUCCAGAACACUGAUGGUCCUGAAAGGCAAAACAAGCCCAGAGACGAGACUGUCCACUGAAGAUCUGCAGAUGGUAGUGAGCAGAGGGGUGGAGGCUAUGGAGCAGGUGCUGGGCUGGGACAGAACGAGGACGUCAGCCCUGCUGCAGGCCUGCGAAGCCGAGUUGACCGGACGUCUCCAGCAGGUUCAGGCUGUGCAGUCCAUCAGGAGCAACACGCAGCAAGACAGCAGCCGCCAGUCCAGUGAGGAGGGUGCAGCAAAAGGCAGCAACUAGACCAAGGUUUUCACCAGAGCAGAGACUGAUAAGAAAUUCACACUGCCUGCCUCAGGGUCAGUAAAAUGGGAUUUAUCCUAUGAUAUGGAAAAUAUCUAUAAUUCUGCAAUCAGUGAAUGUAAAUGAUGUUGAUGUUUGCAUCAUUUUGUAAAACUUGCAAACCACUUGAACGCUUUUGCCUCAGGAGGAAGCAGAGUGAUUUGCACAAGCCAUGUUUAUCAAAGACAUGUUUGCUUUAACCACUGGCAUCAGCUUUCUGUUGGCACCUUAUUUUCAUGUGUGCCAUGCUGAGAAAAUAAUUACAGAUAGAUCCAUGGGAAACUUAAAGCAAUAGUUAAAUAUUUUGGGAAAUAAAUUCGCUUAUUCACUUGAAUACUGAGAGGUAGAUGAAUAUGGAGCUUAGCUUCGAAUGGUACAAAGACUGCAAAGGAGGGAAGCAGCUAGGCUGGAUGAGUAGGAAAGGCAGCAACUUCUGCAUACCAGCACCUGGUAAGCCCACUAAUGAACACCUUUUGUCUUUCUGUAGUCCCUGCAGCUGGUUCGGCCUCACUGUGAUAACGAGACUCUAGGAAGUCACUGCACCCGGCCAAGAAAUAGUCCUGCACACAACCCCCCUGCAAAACCGCAACAUAUUGUUUUUACGCUUUGUUUAGUAAAGAAUUCAAUAAACGAAACAUAACAUGUUAAAUAAUGGGCUUUAGGAGUGCUAGUAGGCAGUUACUGGACAGAGCCGGGUUAGCUGUUUCCCACUAUGAGAGUGGUGUCAAUCUUCUCAUCUAACUCUUUGCAAGGAAGCACACAAGUGUGUUUCUCAAAGUGCUGAAUUAAUGCAUUAAGGUUUCAUAUAAACUUAUUGUUGAAUAAGUUGUCCAGUAUUAUUGUUUACGUUCUGCUGCCCCUUAAACAUAGGUAAUUAAGACAGAAAAUAUGCACUGCUUUUAUUUUAGUUCAUUAGGCUACUAUUAGGGAGGACAUAUUUUAAAAACGCUACAGAUUCUGUGUGUCCCUGAAGCAUAUGAUGAGUGACAAAAUAGAGUAUUUUGUGUCUGUUGCAAACAAAUGUGCCAUCACUGAAAUGUAAUUUAGUAUUGAGUAUAGUGGAAGUUCAGAGUAGCAGCUAUCGGCCAGGUUGAUCUUGUGCCUCAUAACUUGCUCCUGUUUGCUCCCCAUCAGCCUCCCUAAUGACUCCUGAAAAUUGUGUUAAAAUGUUAGGUUCCAAAUACAGCGCUUUAUUUUUUCCUUUUUUUUCUGUUUUUUAAAACUUUUUAUUUGCACCAUACAAUUCAUACCUUCCAUCAGUUGGUAAAUAAGCAUUUCCGCAUUCUCUGACAUAUAUCUUCAUAUAUAAAUUUCAUGUUUAUUAUUUUAAUCAAGUAAUUUUGAACAUGUCAGAAUGUUUAGAGAAUACAUUUCCCUUUCAGGAACAUAAACAUUUUUGUAAAUAACCACUUGCCUAAAUGUGGCAUUUUCUUUUUUGUACUACAGUCUUUAUGUAUGCGCACUGUGGUUUGAAAUGUCAUCAUUAACUGGUGUGUGACCGUUUGGGUUAUCUCUGCAUGGAAGAAUGAAUAAUAAGGAUGUAAUAACGUGAUGUGAUAAGCAUAGGAACACUCCACCCAAGUACUGACUUGCACAGCAUUACAUUGGAGUGACAAGCAGUGCAGAUAGAAUUCUUCUUCUAUCUGAAAUACAUGUAAAUGCUGACACUGACCAGAUAUAUUUAUGUCAAAGCUAAACUUGGAUCAGGCUAAUUUAUCAUUCUAAUUGUAAAAAGUCAGACAGGAUAAGACGUAUAUUCUUUCAUACGUGCAAGCCUCACUGAACACAUUAAGGAUGACCUUAUGGGUAAGAAUGACAUAGUCUCAUCUUUGUGUUGCGUAGAACUAAUGUUUCUGGAUGACAGCUCAUUUAAGACCAUCUGUUAUAUACUUUUAUGGAAGUUAUGUAUCAGUCUAGUGGCUGUAUGAUAUAAGGCAGCGUGUACAAUGUGUGACUCAUAGGUCAUGUGGAAGAUGGCACCUGUCAGCCCAUCAUGUGUCUCUUGAACAAUGAACGCAAAUGAUGGUGGAUUUAAAUUUGCGGAAGGAUCAUCAUCUUGUGUUGUGAUGAGAGUGAGACGUCAUUAUCGGCUUGUAUUUAAGCAACGAAUGCAGGGAAGAUUGGGACAUUCAAGAUCUAUUCACUCAGCAUUGUGUCUAUGCGUGGCCCAAAGGUUGAGGCUCAGCACAUCACGUGGUUUCACCAAGAGUCUGCCUUUUUUCUAACUCUAUGAUAGUCAUGUGAGUUCCCCAGCGCAUUCAUAUUUUGUGUUUAAUUUAAAUGACAUGUUACAACCGGGAGCUGCAUGUGACUGUAGAGUAUGUGAUUUAAGGUCUUUUUUAUAAACAAGUUGAACGGAGGUACGAUGGAUUUAAAAUAAACAAGCCAUGAAACUUGAGAAAACUUUUGCUUCACCCUUUUUUUUAAAAUGAAUAUUAUAUAAAUGGAGUCAAUGACUGAUAUGAUUCUGUAUUCUUGGGACUCUGCUUCCUCUGACUUAAAAGCUGGGUAUUGUGUAUGAGACAGAAGUUUACUUUUCAUUGUAUGUGAAAAUAAAAUUUAAUUAGCC